UUGUUUUGUACAUUUACAACGCUUGUUUGUUUUGUUUUUAGUUCAGAUAUUAAGAUGAAGUUCGUAAGAUUUAUUAUGAGGAAUGCUGCUAUGCUAAAUGUACCAAAACAUAUUGAUUACUACGCGAAAUUUUCUCCAUCGCCGUUGUCAAUGAAGCAGUUUCUGGAUUUCGGAUCCACAAAUGCGUGCGAGAAAACAUCUUUCGCUUUCAUCAGACAAGAGCUUCCCGUGAGACUAAGUAACAGUUUGAAGGAGAUCCACCUUUUACCUGACCAACUGAUAAUGACACAGUCCGUACAGCUAGUUCACAGCUGGUUUGUUCAAAGCCUGAUUGACAUCCUAGAAUUCCAAGACAAGAGUCCCAAUGACCCUAGAGUUCUUGAAGAUUUUGCGGAAGCUCUGGUGACCAUUAGGAACAGGCACAAUGAUGUGGUACCCACCAUGGCCCAGGGUGUCAUUGAAUACAGGGAUGCAUUUGGGGUAGACCCUGUGACAUGUCAGAACAUUCAGUACUUCCUGGACCGCUUUUACAUGAACCGCAUCUCCAUUCGCAUGCUCAUCAACCAGCACACUCUGAUCUUUGAUGGCACCACAAAGCCAGGACAUCCCAGCAGCAUCGGGUGCAUUGACUCCUGCUGUGACGUCACAGAUGUAAUCAGAGAUGCAUAUGAGUGUGCUAAAAUGCUCUGUGAGCAGAAUUACCUCGGAUCCCCUGAGCUGGAGCUUGCAGAGAUGAACGCAAAAAACAAGUCGCAACCAAUCGAGAUAUCCUACGUUCCUUCUCAUCUUUACCACAUGGUUUUUGAGCUCUUCAAGAAUGCAAUGAGGGCUACUGUUGAGAAUCAUGAAACAAGCAGCACAUUGCCACCAAUCAAAGUCAAGGUUGCUCUAGGCAGGCAGGACCUGUCGAUCAAGAUCAGUGACAGGGGUGGUGGCGUUCCUUUCAGGAAGAUUGAUAGACUUUUUAGCUACAUGUAUUCGACGGCGCCCAGACCUACUCUUGGUGACCAUCAACGGACCCCAAUGGCUGGCUUUGGUCAUGGCCUUCCCAUCUCCCGCCUGUACGCACGCUACUUCCAAGGUGAUCUCCAGCUUUAUCCAAUGGAGGGCUAUGGUACAGAUGCUGUUAUUCAGCUGAAGGCCCUGUCCACAGAUUCAGUAGAGAAGCUUCCGGUGUUUAAUAAGACUGCCUUGCGGCAUUACAAAUUCAACCAGGAAGCUGAUGACUGGUGCGUCCCGAGCAAGGAGCCACUGAACUUGGCUGCGUACAAGUCUGCAAAGUGAACCGCAGGAGUUGGUUGCCUUAAAGAAAUAACAAAGGUCUUCAAGAAAGGCCAAAGUUGUGAAUGCUCGCAUUCCCUACCGAACUAGGGACCAAUGACGGCAGUUCCCAAUAUUCUUGGAGUAUUGUUGUCUGGGAACACUUAAACUGCAUGUGGCCAGAAUUUAAGAUGCCAAACAGUAGAUUCCUAAGUAUAAAAAGUAAGUUAUUACUGUGGUGCUGCUGAAGUGGGUGUUUUUCAGCAAAAGCUCUCAGGCACGAAGAGUGUGAAGCCCUGGAGGGGCGAGAGGUGAUUAGAUGCAUGUGAACAUGAUUGAAGCAGAGUUAAGUUGCAGAAGUCUGAAGAGAAGUUUGUGUAUUGCAAAGGAGUGAAAUACUGAAAGUAAAAGAAAUGCAGCUGGAAGGAUAGGUGAGAUAUGAGACAUUUCAGAGGUUGGAGAAAAUGGAUGAAUUGUCAUAAGUGUCAAUAAAAAAAU